AUGGCGACGCCAAUAUCCGCUGAUGCUGCGAUGGCCGCGAGCUUUUCAGAACUCAAAGCUGCACUCAAGCGAGAAAACUACGCGCGUGCUAUCGAGAUUUGCAACAAGAUUCGUUCCAAGUCUCCAGAGGAUGUGGAUGCUAUUAAGGUUAAAUGCAUUGCAUUGAUUCAUCUAGAAAAGUUUGAUAAGGCAUUGGAAUUGGCCAUUAAGUACAGUUUCUUGAGUACGGAGAGAGUCUAUUGCCUAUAUCGUCUGAAACAAGAUGAGGAAGCUCUACAGCUGCUAGAAGAAGAAGAUUUGGAAACGCAGAGCACAGCGCAAUUGCAUUUACGGGCGCAAUUGCAUUUUCGCAAGGAAAACUACGAUCAAAGUAUUCGUAUCUAUGAAUUGCUGUUCGCUCGCACCCAGAAGAGCGACAAUUUGCUAGAGCUGCAGACAAAUUUACUGGCAGCAUAUGCAAGCGCGGGCAGAAGCCACGAACUGAAGGAUCGUGAUAUUUGUGUCGAUGAUGGUUUUGAAGUGGCUUUUAACAAGUCCUUUGUAGCCAUCCAGUCGGGCAAUUGGGAGGCAGCCGAAAAACUUUUACUGACUGCUGAACGCAUGUGUCGCGAUACGUUUGUUGCUGAGGGCGCUUCGGAAGUAGAGAUUGAAGAGGAAGUGGCUGUGAUCAAGACCCAGCUUGCAUUUGUGAAACAGAUGCGCGGUGAUGUCAACGGCGCUCUAUCGGAUUAUCGUAAUGUUCUGAAGCUCAAGCUGCGCAACCGUGCCGUGGGAGUUGUGGCUUUGAACAACCUUGUGACAAUCCGCAAGGACCGCGACGUUUUGGACUCGCUGAAGCGAUUGAAGAGUAUUGAUGCUACGGUGUUUUCGGAAAAGCUGACCCACGCGCAGCAGGAGGCUAUCCUCACAAACCGCACGCUCCUGCUCUGCCUCAUGAACAAGACGGAGGAAUCUCGUGAGAGUUUAGAGGUCUUGAAAAAGCACUUUCCUGCGUCAAAAUCAAUUGCCGAUAUUUUGUUGUUGCUCGCCAUAAAAGACCAGUCGCCUGCAGCGGCGAUUGAGCAGCUCCAGAAUGAUAUGAGUGUAGGAGGUCGUCUUGGCCUUGCGCAUGUGUACUUAACGAUGGGGAAGGUCCUGAAGGCUGCCGAUUGCAUUCGGUCAAUCGGGGAGCUGGCACACUCGCCAGGCACUGUAGCGACCCUUGUUGCAUUGUACGAGCAAGCCAAUGACUCGGCAUCAGCACAAGCUGUGCUGGAAAGUGCUCUUGCUCAUCACAAGGCAAGCGACUACAAGUCGGAGCAGGCCAUCACGAUUCGCGAGGGUGACUGUUGGUAUAAGGUUCAGAAGAAGCAGUACCACAAGGCCGCUGACGCGUACUUGGAGCUGCUGGAAGGCGAGACUGCUGGUGCAAUGGAUUGCGAUCUUCGUCUUCAUUCCAUGGCCUCGCUAGUCGUUGCCCUGUCAUUUUGUGAUGCCGCAGCUGCGGAAGCUCGGUGUGCUAUGCUUCCAGCUGUUGAGAUGAGCAGUGUUGAUCCAAGUGAAUUGGAGAAGCAGGCUCGGCGUUCGACACGACUGGCCGCCAAGUUUGCUGACACUGGAGACAAGAAGAGCGAACGGAAGCGCGCGGCCAAGAGCCCAGAGAGUAUUGCCCGCAAACGUGCUAAACGCAGGGAGGCCUAUCUGGCCCACCUUCGCGCUCGUCCAGACUACAAUGCGUCCAUUGGAUUGGUAAACCCGGACCCAGAGCGCUGGAUCCCACGCAAGCAGCGCUCGCAUGGCAAGCGCGGCCGUCGUGGCCGCAACCGCUUUGUUGGCGCGCAGGGAGCUGGCAUGGGCACGGAGAAGGACGCUGUCAAGCUCGAUGCAGCUGCACGUGCUGCACGCAAGGCUGAAUUCGAUAAGCCUGCUGUUGUCGUGGUGUCCAGUAACUCGGGCAUUCGUAAGUCCAAGAAGAAGAAACGCAGAUAG